CGAAAGCAGCUCGGAAGCCGCUGGAUAAAAAAAUAAUAAUAAUAAAAAAAGGAAAUAAAAAUCAAACUAAUUUCUCCCCCCUCUCCCCCCGCCCCCGAUAGAUAGAAGAAACGGGGGAGACUCGGGCAUCGCUAGGUCGGUUGGGCCAUUCCGGACGUUUUUGUUUCUCUUCCCCCCCUUUUCCUCCCCCCUCCCUCCUCGCCUGGCAUCUCCCGGAUUGACCCACCCAGGUUCCUAGCGAAGAAGAGGGAAUAGAUCAGCCCGGGCAUCGUCACAUCUGUAUCUGGUCCAGCGAAAGAAAUCUCUGCAGCGCAACUUCCGCGGCGGCCGGCCGGUGACAAUGCUGCAAAGCACGGACCUCGUCUGGACUUGGCUUCUGCUGGGCACCGCAGUCUCUCUUCAGGUGAACAUAGUUCCAAAUAAGGUGGAGGUGCCUGUUGGAGAAUCCAAGUUUUUCCUAUGUCAAGUGACUGGCGAUGCCAAAUCCAAAGAAAUCUUCUGGUUUGCCCCCAAUGGCGAUAAGCUGACGACAAACCAGCAGCACAUUUCCGUGGUCCGGUCAGAUGAUUCUUCCACUCUCACCAUCUACAACGCUAACAUCGAUGACGCCGGCAUCUAUAAAUGCGUGGUCUCCAGUGAAGAAGGGGAGGAAGAGGCCACUCUCAAUGUGAAGAUCUUUCAGAAACUGACCUUCCAACAUGCCCCCAGCCCACAGGAGUUCAAAGAAGGAGACGAUGCAGUUAUUAUCUGUGAUAUUGUCUCCUCACUGCCUCCCACAAUUAUGUGGAAGCACAUGGGCAGAGAUGUGGUCCUGAAGAAAGAUGUGAGGUUUGUGGUGUUGAGCAAUAACUACCUCCAGAUCAGAGGGAUAAAGAAAAGCGAUGAGGGCAUAUAUCGCUGCGAAGGGAGGAUCUUGGCCCGAGGAGAGGUGGACUUCAGGGAUAUCCGGAUCAUCGUGAAUGUGCCUCCCACCGUUCGUUCUCGGCAGGGGACGGUCAACGCCACUGCCAAUCUCAGCCAGUCAGUCAAACUGGUGUGCGAUGCUGACGGCUUCCCAGAGCCCUUCAUCAGCUGGACCAAGGAUGGAGAGCCAAUAGAACGAGGGGAGGAUGAGGAAAAGUACGGCUUCAGUUACGAUGGCUCUGAGCUGACCAUCCACAGAGUGGAGAAGAACGACGAGGCUGAGUACGUGUGCAUUGCCGAGAACAAAGCGGGCGAACAUGAUGCCACUGUCCACCUCAAAGUCUUCGCAAAACCCCAAAUCACCUUUGUGGAGAACAAAACUGCAAUGGAGCUGGAAGAGCAGAUCAUUCUGACCUGCGAGGCCUCUGGCGAUCCCAUCCCCUCCAUCACUUGGAGGACCUCUUCCCGAAACAUCAGCAGUGAAGAGAAGACCCUAGAUGGCCGCAUCGAAGUCCGCAGCCAUGCCCGCGUCUCUUCCCUGACCCUGAAGGACAUUCAGUACACGGAUGCUGGGGAGUACACCUGCAUAGCCAGCAACACCAUUGGGCAAGAUUCUCAAGUCAUGUACCUAGAAGUUCAGUAUGCCCCAAAGUUGCAGGGCCCUGUUGCGGUGUACACCUGGGAAGGUAACCCCGCAAACAUCACCUGCGAAGUCUUUGCUUACCCCAGUGCUGAUAUCUCGUGGUUUCGGGAUGGGCAGUUGCUGCCCAGUUCCAACUACAGCAACAUCCGGAUCUACAAGACACCAGCCGCCAGUUUCCUGGAGGUGACGCCAUAUUCAGAAAACGAUUUCGGGAAUUACAACUGCACAGCAGCCAACCGGAUUGGCCAGGAAUCCUCCGAGUUCAUCCUGGUUCAAGCAGAUACGCCCUCUGCGCCUUCCAUUGAGAAAGUGGAGCCAUACUCCAGCACAGCCCAGAUCAGAUUUGAUGAACCGGAGGCCACUGGGGGUGUCCCCAUCCUCUGGUACAAGGCCGAGUGGCGAGCCACCGGGGAGGAAAACUGGCACACCAAAAUCUACGAUGCCAAGGAAGCCAACACUGAAGGCAUCUUCACGGUCAUCGGCUUGAAGCCAGAGACCAUGUACGCCAUCCGACUGAUGGCCAUCAAUGGCAAAGGCACCGGCGAGAUCAGCUCCCUCUCCGACUUCAAGACCCAGCCAGUUCGGGAGCCCAGCGCGCCAAAGCUGGAAGGCCACAUGGGAGGAGACGGGAACUCCAUCAAAGUGAACCUCAUCAAGCAAGACGACGGCGGAUCCCCCAUCCGCCACUAUCUCAUUAAAUACAGAGUUAAACAAUCUUCUGACUGGAAGCCAGAAAUCCGCCUCCCUUCGGGCAGCGACCACGUCAUGCUCAAGUCGCUCGACUGGAACGCCGAGUAUGAAGUCACCGUCAUCGCAGAGAACCAGCAGGGAAAAUCGAAGCCAGCACGCUACGCUUUCAGGACCUCAGCCCAGCCCACCACCAUCCCAGCCACCUUGGGAAGCCCAGCCGCCUCAUCUCCUUGGGUCUCUCUGCUCCUGAUCCCAGCAGCUCUGCUUUUGCUGUGUUAGGAACACAGCCGCUGCUUUUGGAAGACCCCCCGUUGUGUCUCCGAGGCCGGACACCCCAAGAGAGGAUCCCCUGUUUUCCAAGGAUGGCAUCCGUCCGGGGAUGGGUGAUGCAGGAAGGUGGCGGGGGGAGGGAGAGAAAUGCAGCACAAGGAAGGAUUCUUCCUUUAUUUUCCGUCUUGGCAGAGAGAUUGGCUAUUUUGUAAUGAGGAAGGAGGAGGAGGAGGAGGAGGAGGCACUGUUUAAACUGGGCAUGUUUUAAGAUUCUGUGCAUGUCUCUCCUGAAGUACAACAGCUCUCUUCUGAACCCCUUUUUAGCCCCUGGCUGUGAAAAAUAAA